UCCACACCACAGCUAAACGCGCCGCCGUGCUGCUUUUUCACCGACUCGCGCCGCGCAGCAUGCUGAACAAGGUGCUACCCAAGACCUGUCCCCGCUGCACCGCCUCCGGGGGUAGCAGCAGCUUCAUCCCUCGCCGCCUCCGGGCUACCAUCUCGCACGCCGCCGAUAUUACACGCGAUGCAGUGGGCGUGGAGGUGGUGCGCGAGCCUCCUGCCCCCCGCGGCCUGCCCUUGGUGGGCACCACCCUGUCGCUGCUGCUGCGAGGGUCGACCGCCCAGCUGCACCGGUACGCCGACUUCAGGCACAAGCAGCUCGGCCCCGUCUACCGAGAAUCCAUCGGACCCGUGGAUGCCUACUUCGUGGCCGAGCCGCUCGAGAUGCGACGCGUUUUCCAGCUUGAAGGCAAACACCCUCGCAACACCUUGCCCGAAGCCUGGAUGCUCUACAACGAACUUUACGGAUGCAAACGCGGACUGCUCUUCAUGAAUGGCGAAGAGUGGCUGCACUUCCGUCGAAUCAUGAAUCCCAUAAUGCUGCGAGACGACAAUGCGUUUGAAGAGCCGUGCCGCCUGGUUGCCGCCGACCUGGUGUCCAGCUGGCGUCAACACGCCAACAAACAGGUCCCCCGGCUCGAGCAGUCCCUGUACCAGUGGUCCACAGAAGUGUUGGUCGCCAGCUUGGUCGGCGGAAGCAAAUACAAAGAGAACGUGGCGGCCAUACGACAACUGCCGGGCAUGCAAAGGCUCAGCGAGCAGGUGCGCCAGGUCUUCUGCGAGUCGGCCAAAUUGUCGCUGCUGCCCGCCAGACUGGCCAGGGCGAUCAAACUACCCGCCUGGUCCAGAUUCGAGCUGGCUGUCGGUCACGCCGUGCACGGAGCCUCGGCUAUGGUGCUGGAUCUGCUUCCUUUUUCACGCGGCGGCGACGGAAUGCUCGAUAGAAUGCUGGCCGCGGGUGUUGAACUCAAAGACGCCGUGCGAAUCAUCGCCGACCUAAUCUUGGCGGCCGGAGAUACAAGCGCGGUCACAAUGCAAUGGACGUUAUACCUGCUGGCCAAAAAUCCUGAAGCGCAAGAACGCGCCUUCAAGGACCCGAGUUUGCUGCGCGGCGUGCUGAAGGAGUCGAUGCGCCUCUACCCCGUGGCGCCGUUCCUCACGCGAAUUUUGCCGGAAGAAUCUAGGAUCUCGGGAUACAGAAUUCCAGCUAUGAGUUUAGUGCUACUGUCGUUAUUCACGAGCGGCCGUGAUGCAAACAAUUUCCGAGACCCGCUGCGGUUUUGGCCUGAAAGGUGGUCGCGCAAAACAGCCCAGCAGAAUGGCCUUUUGGGGGUGACGCAGGCGAGUGGCGCCAUUCCUUUCGGUCUGGGCGCCCGCUCGUGUAUCGGACGCAAACUUGCCGAAACACAAAUCUUUGAACUUCUAACACAGUUGAUGAGUGAGUUCAAAAUUGAGUUGGUCAACCCGAAGAAGGAGGUGGACAUUGUUUUGAAGAUGGUCAGCGUGCCGAACCAGCCCCUGGCGAUCCGGUUGGUGCCCAGGAAGUGAAGUGGACAAAAAAAUAUUAGACGACCAAAAUUUCCUUUCUAUGGCAAAGGAGUUUUAAUGAUUGAACUACCAAGUUUAUGAGUACAAAGCAAAAAGUAUCACUUUGAAAUCUCGUCCUUUUAAGAUUAGAUACGUAAUAAAUUAAGCGGUGAAACGACUUUAAGCUGAUAUAAGUCUGCGAGGAAUUAAAAGCAGUGCUGAAUCACACAAAA